CUUUUUCAUCGUUGUUUCAUGUUGAUUAACAAUCAAAACCGGUUUUCAUUUUUGUUCAUUUAAGAGUUUAGUUUAGAUGAAGAAACGUUGGAAACUUUCAACAUUCAUUUUCACUUUCAAGCUUUAUUCAAUGUGAUGUUUUUCAAUUUCAACUUUCCCUUUUUCAUCAUUAUUUCAUCAUUAAUCCACCAUGGUUACACCGAGGAGGAUUCAACCACAUGGGAACCUACAAUCAAUGCUCGUUGUGAACGUGGGAUGAUGAUUAUUAAUGUAUUAACAUUGGAUCCCUUUUAUGGAGUCAUUCAUACAGAAGAUUUUCGUAAAAAAGAUUCCUGUCGAGUCUUUGGGAUCGGAAGUACCAAUACAACGUUAAGGAUAAGUGCUGUGGCAAGUGAAGAGGAUGACAACUUUUGUGGGGUUCAGCGACACAAGAGCAUUGAUGAAGACCGAGCAGUUACUAUUGCUGUUCGCAUUCAUCGGGAUCUUGAACUUUCAGUGGAUCGUUACUAUUCAAUAGCAUGUUCACAAACAUUUUCAACCAAUUCUCGGACACCAUCUCGAUCUCGAGUAACCCUUAAAUUGGUUAAUGAAGCUGGUUCUGAUACUAGUCGACGAUUAAUCCACGGUAAUCGAUACAAACUUCAAGUAGAUAUUACCAAUCCUGAUCCAUCAUAUGGAUUGUACAUUCGCAACUGUGUCGCCUUUUCAAGUGUUAACUCAACUGAGAUAGAUUUAAUUAAUCAAAAUGGUUGUCCCAUUGAUGAGAGCAUUAUUUCACCUUUUGAUUACACCAAUUCAACGUCAACAGUUGAAGCAACAAUUAAAUCCAUGUUUAAAUUUCCAGGAACCAACAGAGUUUUUAUACAAUGUGCUGUGCUCCUAUGUAAAGGCGGUUGUAAUUUUAACAUUGACUGUGAAGAUACUUUUACCAAAAGAAGCUCAAUUUCAAAGAUUAGACCAGACUCUAAUGUGAUGCAAAUCCUGGCCAGUACAACUGUAUUUGUUGUUGAUCCUGGUGAAGACAUACUUGACUACAUACGCUAUAAUGAAGAGUGCACUGUUUCCCGAUUCCCUUGGUUGGUUACACUUUGUACUGUUCUGGGUAUUUUAUUGUUAAUCAUGUUAAUUGUGAACAUCUUCCUUUGUACAACAUUAACCUGUACCUGUACCAAGACUGAGGUGGUUGAGAAAGAGGAUGCCUCUGAACUGGAAGAUUAUGAUCCUUAUAAAAUUGAUUGGGCUGCUAAUAAUAACAUGCCUGUUCAUGGAUCAACCUACGGAUCUCGUUCAUCACUGGCAAAACAUCUUAAUGAUGGUAAUGAAAGCGAUUUCCGACCCAAUUCAAGGUAUUCAAGCCAACCUUCGGUGAAACGUGUUCCCGCCCAAACAUAUGCCAACUACUGAUAAGGUUUCAAUGUAAACCUUGGAU